CCGGCCCACUGCAGCAGGCCGGGCUCGGCCUGGGCGGGCGGGGACGGUAGCCGGCGUGGGCCCUGCAGCUUCUCGUGUCUGCGGGUGCUGUGGAGUCCCGAGUGUCCCACGCGGCCGUGGCCAGGGUCGGCACGGGGAAUUCGGCUCAGCCACUCCCUGCCAAGUUAAGGAAGUUAGUGUGGUUUACUCUUCGCGCGUAAAACAUGCCUUGGCAGUGUCCUGAGGAGCCGUGGAGGUAGCCUAUACGUCGUGGCCGUGCAAGAGGCCAUUUGGGUUCCCUGUCACGUUAUGCCUCUGCUCCCUCACCAUGGUGCGAAUGAAUGUUCUGGCAGAUGCUCUCAAGAGCAUCAACAACGCGGAGAAGAGGGGCAAACGCCAGGUCCUCAUCAGGCCGUGUUCCAAAGUCAUCGUUCGGUUCCUAACUGUGAUGAUGAAGCAUGGCUACAUUGGUGAAUUCGAGAUCAUUGAUGAUCACAGAGCUGGGAAGAUUGUUGUGAACCUCACAGGAAGGUUGAACAAGUGUGGAGUUAUAAGCCCUAGAUUUGAUGUUCAACUCAAAGACCUAGAGAAGUGGCAGAACAAUCUGCUCCCAUCACGGCAGUUUGGUUUCAUUGUGCUGACGACCUCGGCUGGCAUCAUGGACCAUGAAGAGGCAAGACGAAAACAUACAGGAGGGAAAAUCCUGGGAUUCUUUUUUUAAAUGUAAAGCAUAAAUAAAAAGCCUCUGUGGACUGUG